UCAAUCAUUUGACAUGAAAAGAUAUCUAUAGGAAAGAAAAACGACAACACAAGUGCAGUGGCUGCGAAUCUUGUGAUUACACACGAAACACUGAAAUUCCAGCAACAUUUUUUAUCGUUUUAAAAACAAGAUAAUUGAUUUUGUUCAUUUGAAAAAGUGCUAAACAACGGAAUCAUGCAGAUUUGUGGUCCAAAAUUGUCGCUUUGCGGUUUGAUUCUGUCCGUAUGGGGAAUUAUUCAAUUGACCUUGAUGGGUAUAUUCUAUCAUAUGCGCAGUGUGGCAUUGAUUGAAGAUUUGCCGCUUAACCAUUACCACACACCAAAAGAAUUCUUCAACGCUGCUGAUCUGGCAUACUCACAGAAUGCACUUAACUGUUGGAUAGCUGCCUGUAUCUAUGUGGUGACAUUGUUGGUGUCAGGACAACAAUUUUAUGCAAAUAGUCGCACAACCGCUUAAGACCA